AUGUCUGAUUUAGUAUUAAAUUUAGAUUAUGCUCAAAGUUCAUCUAAUAACAUAUUUGGUUUAAAUGAAAAAAAAUCAAUUGAAUCAUAUUUAGUUAAUAAGGGUGUUAGAUCACCAAAAGACAUAUUGUUCAGUGGUGUAUUUACAGAUUUGAAAAAGAAAAAGGUAUGGGAGAUCAACUCGAAACAAACAGAGGAAGAACGUUUACUGGUUGUUUCACAGUUUCGUUUGAACAUAUUCUCGAGUAAUGGAAAGUUUGUUUCCGAUGGACAUCUACUCGAUGUCGUAGAGUACACACCGACUGACGGUGCCGUCACUAUCAAGCUACGCAACGGUGUCAUUCAGUUCAAUUCCGUACAGAACAAACUAGAUGAACUGUCACUGGCCAUCAAGAAGAUGUUCUCACUGAACUUCCCAGGUAUGCCUGGUUCUGACCCAGUGGUAAGCAAAGAGAUCGGUGCAUGCUUUGGAUUUGCAAGAACCUACAGAUGUGUCUCGGAUUUCUAUGGAAUUCCAGUGCGUGACGACAUCUGUUGGGAGAUCAACAAUCUCUACGAGGCAAACAAUAUCCGUGACUUUAACUUGUCGGAUUGGCCAGAGACACCGACACCCGCACAAGGCAAGGCAAUGAUAGAGUCACUCAAAUACAACAGUUGGUUCGAAUCGAUAUCGAUCUUUAACAAUCCAAGUUGUAAGGUGAGCAACGAUGGUAUCUUGAGUUUGAACGCCACCCUCCAAACCAACAAGAAACUUCAGAAACUGGUACUCCAGAAUAUAAAUGCUCGUGAGAGUUGGAUCACUCCCGAGACUUGGAUGACAUUCGCCAUGAACAACUAUGUUCAUACCAUUGAUUUGUCGUGCAAUGCCAUUGAGGAUCGUGGAACCAUGGGUUUGUGUAACGAUUGGUUGGCGACCGUCGGUCACGAAAUUCAGAGUAUCAAUCUUGCGAAAUGUGGAAUCGGUAAGCAAGGUAUGUCGCUUCUCUUCAAGACGCUCAGAGAGAACAAGUGGAUCAGCAAGAAUAUCAAGUUCCUCUCGGUCAGUGGCAACAAGAUCGAAGAGAGCGGAACAGAGAUGGUCAGCUUCCUGGCGGAUGCAGUCGCUUUGAAACACUUUGAAAUGUCGAACUGCUCGAUUGUGUGGUCCAGUUUGAAACCCGCAGCAAACAUUCAGCGUUCCAAAGAGACUAGAAUGAUCACCAGACUCGAUCUAUCACAAAACAAACUCAACACAUCAUCGAAACCGGAUUUCGAGAACUUGGCAGCAUUCUUGCAGUUGAUUACACCGAAUCUCGCUGAUUUGGAUAUGGGAUCGACUGUGUUGCCAGUGGGCGCAAUCAACCUUGUGUUGAGUGCCACUCCGAAUCUAAUGAGAUUGGAUCUCAGUGACAAUGAAUUGGGUGAAGAAGGUAUAGUUACUCUUGUCGACACUCUCAUGAGAACUACACUUCCAAAGUUGAAGCAUCUCUUUAUCAACAGAAAUGUCGGAAGUGCUACACCGACUGACUUUAUCUCACAGACACUCUCAUUGACCAGAGUGACACAGUCUAUCAAGGGAACAAGCUCAGCAUCGGCUGCCAACGCCAUAAAAGCACUGGUUCAGCUGAUUUCACCAAAUGCUUUUGCUCUCUGUCCUCUAGAGUCACUUCAUAUUGCCGGAAGCAGCAAUGGUCGUUUGAAGGCAGAGAUUAUCCCAUUGGCACAGGCACUCCUUAAGAACGAUACGAUCUUUGAGAUCGAUAUAAGUGGACAUCACGCAGGUGACGAUCUUGCCAUUGCACUCGGUCGUGUCAUCCAAGUGAACAAGACCAUUCGUACAUUGUACUGGGAUGAGAAUCUCACUACCACCGUCGGAAUGGAGUACUUCUCAAUGGGAUUCCGUCGUAAUCAAACAUUGCUACAUAUGCCACUGCCUGUUUUGGAUGUUGGAGAGGUUCUAAAGUUACCAGAGAACUCGCCAGCCAUGCAACUUAUCAAAGAGCGUUUGAAGCUCGGUGACUCGACAACUACCGUGCAACAGAGAGUAACCCAACUAGCAUCGGAAAUUCAAUCACAAAUCAUCAAUAACAAUCUCAGAAAGAUGAAGGACGUCAUCAACAAGGCAAGAGAGAGACAACGUGCCGAAGUAGCCAUCUCACAGUCAAUGAAGAAUGCAUCACUCAACUCACCACAAGCCGGUACACCUGCAGCCAGCUCCACACCAAACAUACAAAGUAAAUCAUCUUCACCCGAUGGUUUAGUUGAAGAACAAAUAUAA